AUGUAUCGCCGUGCCUUCCGUGGCUUCCAGCAGGCCCGCGCUGUGGCCACGCGCGUGACGCAGGAGCGCCGCGCGCCCUUGGCGCCCCUGGCGCUGGUGGCAGGUGCUGGGGCCUCGGCUUUGUGGCUCAGCCAGGAGCGGCAGAAAGCCAGCCACUGCGGCUUCUUCAGCCCCAGCAAGGGCAACUUCAAGGUCUGCGUCUGCGGAGGUUCCGGUGGCAUCGGCCAGCCCUUGUCGCUGCUCAUGGCGCUGGACGACAACGUGGGGGAGCUUUCCGUCUAUGACCUGAACAUCGCCAUGGUGCCCCCGGCCGGCGUGGCAGCGGACCUGGGGCAUCUGGAGAGCAAGGUGCAGGUCCGGGGCUACGCGAAGGGACUGGAGGAGAAGGCCGUCGACGCGCUUGGGGACUGCCUGCAGGGCUGCGACCUGGUGCUGGUACCCGCAGGUAUGCCCCGGAAGCCCGGCCAGACCAGGGACGACCUCUUCAAGAUCAAUGCAAACAUCGCCAAGGAGGUGGUGGAGGCCUGCGCCAAGUACUGCCCCAACGCGGUGGUGGCGCUGAUCGUGAACCCCGUGAACUCGGUGGUGCCCGCCAUGGCGGAGCUCUACAAGAAGAAGGGCCUCGAUCCCAAGAAGAUUGUGGGGGUCACGACGCUGGACGGUGUGCGGGCCAACAAGUUCGUGGCGGAGAUUGCCAAGGAGCACCCGAACAACGUCAAUGUGCCCGUCAUCGGUGGCCACGCGGGCGUCACCAUUUUGCCGCUCUUCUCCCAGGACAAGCACGCGGCCAAGAUCCCGCAGGCGGAGAUCCCGGCCCUGGACAAGCACGUGCAGGAUGCAGGCACUGACGUGGUGAAUGCCAAGAAUGGCAAGGGCAGCGCCACGUUGUCCAUGGCCUACGCGGGGGCGCGCCUGGGCAAGGCGGUGCUGGCGGGCCUUGCGGGCACACCCACCACGGAGUGCGCCUAUGUGGCUUCGGAUGUUGAGAAGGACUUCCCUUACUUUACCAGCAAGGUGACUUUUGGCAAGACUGGGGUGGAGAAGGUGCAUGGCAUUGGAAGCCUCAGCCCUUACGAGGCGAAGCGUUUGGAGGAGGCCAAGGCAGCACUGAAGAAGGAGAUCCAGUCCGGCCUGGACUACGCGGCAGCCAACAGCCUGGCAUAG